UCCGGUGCUUUCUCUCUCUACUCCUCGUUCUCUCCUCCGGCCAUGGCGAAGUACGUGGAGCUUUUCGACAUGGGCGCGAGAAUAGCAGCUCGAUUCCAUUCCCACUGCCCCCACACCGCACGCCUCUACUAUCACCCCCCCACCCCCGCUUCGCCCACCGCCGAAGAUGCAGAAAUCGCCGGAACCACAACCAGCGCCUCCGCCGCCGCCGCAAAAGCUCCGGCGAAAGGAUUUUGCAGUAAAAACGCCGCCUUUGAAUCAUGGCCGGCGGAUAUAAUACUUUCUGCUGCUCUUUGAAAGUCUGUUGGUGUGAGUUCAGGGAUAAAGAAGAGA